AUGAGACUUCUGAUCAAAAAACGUGAAAUAGAGUGUCUCGUAAGACUUUUUCACCGCUUGGUGGGAGGAAUUGGUGGCAGACAAGGCAACACCGGGCUAGACUGUAACACCUUUCGAGCCAUCCUGCACAGCAUGUUUGGAAUGACUGAUGAUAUGUUGAUGAAUAGGGUGUUUUUUGCAUUUGACAAAGACAAUGAUAACUACAUAAAUGUUAAAGAGUGGGUUAAAGGAUUAUCAGUGUUUCUUCGGGGGACUUUUGAAGAAAAGCUGAAGUUCUGUUUUGAAGUUUAUUAUUUGGAUGGAGAUGGCUACAUUUCUCGAGAGGAGAUAUUUAACAUACUGAAGGACAGUCUACAUCAACAAUCAUCUGAAGAAGAAACCGAUGAAGGAAUCCAUGAGUUGGUAGAUAUAGCAAUGAAGAAAAUGGACUAUGACAAAGAUGGCAAGAUAUCAUUUGCAGACUUUGAAAAAGCAGUGAGAGAAGACAGACUUUUGUUGGAGGUGUUUGGACCAUGUUUACCAGAAGCAAAGAAAUGUUUUGAUUUUGAAGCCUUGGCAUUCAGAAACAUCCUGACUUCCUGUUUUUGAAUGUGAAUCACUCAAUACUUGUAUGAAAAUCAGAAGAUCCUGGUUGUCUAUCUUCAUUUGUGUUGUAAAGUUCCUAUAUUUGCUUCAAUUAGUUUACAGAUAGUUAUGGCAAUGGGAGAGAUAAUGUUAUAUGACAUGAACAGUUUCUGUUCAUAUGAAGUACGGAUCAAAAAUA